AGACCAGAUUGAGAAAGCAACAGGAGCAUUAGAGUCGACAUCCAUGAAUCGAGCUACAUACCAAGGAGGAGCUGGUGAACGAUAUGAGGUCAAUAGACCAAAAGACCAGAUCGUAAAGUUAACAGGAGCGUUCGAAAAUACUUCCAUGAAUCGAGCAACAUACCAAGGUGGAGCCGGAGAACGAUAUGAGAUCAACAGACCCAAAGACCAGAUUGAGAAAGCAACAGGAGCAUUAGAGUCGACAUCUAUGAAUCGAGCAACCUACCAAGGUGGAGCAGGAGAACGAUAUGAGGUCAAUAGGCCGAGAGAUCAAAUUGAAAAACCAACAGGAUCUUUCGAAACAACCUCUAUGAACCGUGCUUCCUUUCGAGGUGGAGUUGGCGAACGAUAUGAAACUAACAGACCCAAGGACCAGAUUGAAAUGCGAACGGGUGCAAUAGAGUCGACAUCUAUGAAUCGAGCAGCCUAUCAAGGUGGAGCUGGAGAACGAUAUGAGGUCAAUAGACCUAAAGACCAGAUUGAGAAACCAACAGGAGCGUUCGAAAAUACUUCCAUGAAUCGAGCAACCUAUCAAGGUGGAGCCGGAGAACGAUAUGAAAUCAACAGACCCAAAGACCAGA